AUGAUUCUCUCCAACUCAAGGAAAGGACAACUUCCGCCCCGGGAAGCUAUUGAUUUCUCGUUCAAAACCAACUUACAUUAUAUAUUCGUGGAUUUAAGUGAGCAAGGACUGAAGCAAGCCUCCAGGAAGCCUUGUUCAAUGAAAAUGAUGCUUUCUCAUUCUCUUUCCCUGCAUUCCAUUUCUAUGGUUUCCUCGACUGUCAAGUUAGCUCAUCAGCCGUCACUGCCGGUCAUCUCCUCUGUAAAGUCAAAGACAGAGACCCAACAAUUUCAUGACUUGAAGCAACGCCGAUCUGCAAGUUACCAUCCCACUGUUUGGGAUCCCAAGUUCAUUCAAUCCACAAGCACUCCCUAUUCCUAUGAGCUUUACGGUACCACUUUGGAUGAGUUAAAGCAGAAAGUUAAACGAUUGUUUAAGUCAAGAGGAGGCCGUGACCGCCAUUUUUUCCUUUUAAAGCUCAUUGAUUCCCUACAACGUCUGGGGGUGGCCUAUCAUUUUGAAGCGGAUAUUCAGGAAGCUCUUGAUCAUGUUGAUUGCAAUUCUGGUGAUGAUCUUUACACAACUUCGUUGCAGUUUCGGCUCCUUCGAGAACAUGGUUACCCCAUUAGCUCAGAAGUGUUUGACAAAUUCAAAGACAGUGAAGGGAGAUUCAUGGAGAGCUUAAGCAGGGACGUCUGGGGUCUCGCGGGUCUGUACGAAGCUUCACAACAUGGAAUGGCCGGUGAAGGUGAUUUACAAGAAGCCAAGAAUUUCAGCGCCAAAUAUCUCAGAUCGCUGCUAUCCGCAGGACAGAUGGAGAUGAAAGUGGCCAAACAAGUCCAACAGUCUCUGGAACUCCCACUGCGAUGGAGGUUGCAACGGCUAGAAGCUCGAAAUUUCAUUGAUCUGUUCCCGUUGGAGAGCCAAGAAAGCUCGUUGUUGCUAGAAUUGGCUCGGCUGGAUUACAAUCUUGUGCAGUCAGUGCAUCAGAACGAAGUCAAGGAACUCGCAAAGUGGUGGGUGGACUUGGGCUUGAAAGAAAAGCUCAAUUUUGCAAGAGAUCGGUUGGUGGAGAAUUAUUUAUGGGCAGAAAGGCUAACCAAAUUUGUCUGCAUAUUAACAGCUAUAGAUGACAUCUAUGAUAUUUAUGGAUCCCUCGACGAGCUCCAACGCUUCACCGAUGCAGUUGAUCGGUGGGACAUUAAGGCCGUCGAUGACCUUCCUGAGUACAUGAAAUUAUGUUAUUUAGCUAUGUUCAACUUUGGAAAUGAAAUUGCUUACCACGUUCUUCGACACGAUGGCUUGAACGUCCUAUCUUGCGUCAAGGAAGAGGUGAGAAUGAGAAUAUAG